ACGCUUCAGCAUGGCGUCCUCUGUAAGGGCAUCUACGCGUUUUUGCUCAAUUGUUCUUCUCAGAUCUAGAAGACACAAUGUUAGCAGUUUAUUUACAUGGUCCUGUAGGCCAUGCUCCUCUCGACCGGUCAGGAGCAGUCUUUAUGAGCAUAUACGAGAAGGAUACAGUCACAAACCUGAGCUGGACAUGAGGCGCGUAUGCGAAGAAACUGAUGCAGUCCUAGCGGAGGUGGAGAAUCGUAAAGGAGAUCUGCGGGCAGCUGAUGUCGGGCUUAUAAUCUCAGUGUGGACGAAAUUACAGAAUUUGCAGAAAGAAAUAUCGGAAUUGGAGGAAAGAAAAAUUGUGAUCAGUGCCAAAGUCAGAGCUCUUGUGGAUGCACAUGAAAAAUCAACUUUGUCCAGUCUUGUGGAGUACAAUUCUUUUAGAGAGGAGGGCAGAGCGCUCCGAGAGAAACUCAGUAAGAUGUAUUUGGAAGAGAGUGAGCUGGAGAAGGAACAUUACUGUCGUGCUCUGAGGCUGCCCAACAGAACACAUCCUAGUGUGCCCAUAGGAGAUGAGAGCCAGGCAAAAGUAGUUGAAAUGGUCGGCCGUAAGCAAGAAUUUGAUUUCAAGCCUAAAGGCCAUUUGGAAAUUGGAGAGAGUCUUGACAUCAUUAGACAAAGGCGGCUAGCACAUGUGUCAGGGCACAGAUCAUACUACUUGAGAGGGGCAGGAGCCAGACUGCAGCUUGCCUUGCAAAAUUUUUCUCUGGAUCUUCUUCAGAAACGGGGCUUUAUUCCCAUGGUUGUUCCUGAUAUGUUAAAGGGAGUGGUUUUUGAGGGUUGUGGGAUGCAGCCACAUGCUCAUAGAUCACAGGUGUACUCUCUGGAUCCCACACGCUUUCCUGAUCUUAAUCUCGCUGGUACAGGGGAAGUUGGGGUGGCAGGCUACUUCAUGGAUCAUGCUGUUAAUUUAAAGGACAUGCCUGUUAGUACAGUUUGUAGUAGCACAUGUUAUCGAGCAGAGACAGACACUGGCAGAGAGCCCUGGGGCCUUUACAGAGUUCAUCAUUUUAAUAAGGUUGAAAUGUUUGGUGUGACCGCAAAUGAGACGGGAGAGGAGAGUGAUCAAUUGUUGAAUGAAUUUGUCGCACUACAAAAGGAGAUUUUUUCAUCCCUUCAGCUUCAUUACAGGGUGUUGGAUAUGCCCACUCAAGAACUGGGACCCCCUGCUUUCAGAAAGUAUGAUAUUGAAGCAUGGAUGCCAGGCCGCGGCAGCUUCGGAGAGAUUUCCAGUGCCUCAAACUGCACGGACUACCAGAGUCGACGUCUUAACAUUCUCUACGAAACAAUUGAUGGAAGCCUUAAGUAUGCACAUACGGUAAAUGCAACAGCUUGUGCUAUUCCACGUACCAUCAUUGCUAUUUUGGAGACGCAUCAGACCAAGGAAGGGACAGUUCGGGUUCCUGACGUCCUGCAGCAGUACCUCGGGUUGGAAGUGAUAGAGAAACCUAAAUACACUCCUCUUAAAUAUAUUGGACCAAACCAACCCAAGCGUCAUGCCUCAAAACAAUAAUAUAUCAGACUUCAAUGAAGUUUUAUUUUUACUGUAUUCUGGACAGUGGGAUGUUUUUUUUUUUUUUAAACUGUGUCCAAUCCAGUUGAUUUUGCUAUAGGUAUAAUUUUUUGGCCUAUGCAAAAGAUUCAAUAAAAUGCGCGACACUUCCUAUCUGA